AUGUCUUUGGCAUCCAUCAUCGUCACCACCCAAAGAAAGCCUCCUGUGCCUCUUCUGCCGCCCGCUGGUCGUGCAACCAAACAUUCCCAAUCGCCUGGACCUCCGCCGUGCAAUCGCCCAUUGAGAUUCGUCGUGUUGUGCUUUUUUGUGCCAUUGGAAACUGCCGUACCGGUGCGACGUAGGAACUGCUCGGGCCUUCCAUAUACUUCCCGCGCGGCCCUUCCAGGAGCGGAUCCGAAUCUACCACCUCCUGCCGUAGAGUGCAGUGCGUACGAUCGCUGUCGCCGUCGCCGUCAUCGCCAUCGCUAUCUUGGGCAGAAAGGAGAGGAUACGGUGUUUGUCUGGUGUUGAAGCGUGCGGGCAUAGGAAGCGAGUGAGUGGGAAAGUCUUCGUCAAGUCUUCGUCGAGUCUUCGUCGAGUCCUCGAGUGUGUUCGGUGGUAUCACGGACGGUAGCUGACAAAGCCUUUGUUGCGGACCACCGCUCCCUCCCUGUACCGAUUUUCACCUUUUCGGCAACAAGGUGUGCCUGGAGACGACCUCGAAGCUUCACAAACCCAACGCCCAAAAUCACCACCGCACCAACUCUCUCUCUCUCCAAUCUGCGCCUGUCGCUACCAGCACCAGCCACCACUCCCCCUCCCACUGCUCUUAGCGCCCAUUGCACAAUUCCAUUGCCCAUUCCGUUGCCCUCGCUCUGCCCUUCACGCGAUCCCUCCUCAUCUUCGAACUCCUCUCUGCCGCACUCCCCACCUUUCCAUUUCUACGUCGUCCUCGUUGCACAUACUCUCGCUACCUGCGAGACACCAGACUUUGGAGAUUCCCCGAAUGAGGCAAGCCUCGAAUUCCUAUCCGUAGCACCAACGAUGAUCCCCAUGGAGAGCCAUCCCCAAUUGAAUUACCACGACUCAACUACAUAAUCGGCGCGGUCAACUCUCGCCGCCGCCAUCUCCCAUCGCGAGCCUCGGAUCUCGCAUAUCUUCAGAAUAAUACCUCUCGAGAGAGCUGUGACUGACUCGGAAUAGUGGUCGUCUUUGGAGCAGCUCUACUUCUCGAAGCUGAAAAGGUUACCAAAGAACCAGCCUCGAUGAUCUGGUACUUAUUGUACCCGUUUAGAGGGUAUGUCUAGCUCCCCAAUGCCUCUUAGAGUGCAGUAUUAAUCUAUCUGCAGGACGACCGAGCCCCCAAAGCUCAAUGCCAAACAUCCCAUUCGAAGUGGUCUCACGUCUUACGGCACUCGAGUCGCGAGGCAUCCCAUAAUAACGCUCCUCAUAUCCCUCGCAGUGGCCUCAGUCCUCAUCUAUCCAAUCCCUUUCCUUUACACCAGCAAAUUCGCCAAUGGCGCCUCCAGUUUGCCCAAUCAUGUCUGGACCUCAGCUCAACCCUUUGAUGGAGAUAGCCAUACACGACCGGAUGUUGUAAUGCGCUCUUUAUGGAUCCAUGGUAUGGAUACCGUCAGAUAAGCUGGUGUACAUUUGUUGACUUGAUUUAGGGAGUUAUAUGAAGGCUUUGGAGCCGGACGUCCUUCAAACAGCCCUGGAAAUACAAAAUGAGAUACUCGGUUCCACCCUCGACUUUAAUCCCCGAAGAACGUCAAUUGGGCAACAGCUCGCUGUGGAUGCAAUGGACCAAGACCUAACGACCGAAAUGCGAGAUAGCUUUCAUGCGAUCAACGGCUUGAGUAAUUCCAGCUGGUUUUUUCACUCCCCCCUCCAGUAUUGGGGAUGUUCCAAGGAGAAUAUUGCAUCGGACCAUGAGAUCAUACAAACCGUGAACAACCGUUCGAGUCAAUCCACCUCGGUUAAUGUCACUCUACGUCACUCGAUUGUUUUCAGCGGCAAAAGAUUCGAGGAUCGACGACUAGUAGCUGCGGAUGCAUUGGUAAUCACACUGGUACAUAUGCUCGACUCGCCCGUAGGGAGACUGUGGGAAAAAAAGGCUCAAGAGAUUGCUCAAAGAGGGUCUGACCAAUGGCGGAUAAUCCCGCCCGAUCCCAAAUCGCACGCAAGCACCCUCUAUGAAUUUCGAUUCCAACCACUGUCCUUAGGCGACGAUGUACUCUUGGCGAUCCUUCUCAUCAUUUCUUUGGCUUAUUAUUACAAGAAUGUGAGAAAGGUGCGAGCGCUAAACUCUCGAGCCGGCCUUAUCACUGCAACCCUGGUACAACUAGCAGUCUCCACCAUGUCAUCUUUCACGAUAUGCGCCAUCUUGAAGAUUGAUCUGUCCAAGAUACCUAGAGAGUACUACACUUUGGUCAUCUUUUAUUUAGGUUCGCAAAACAUCUGUAAAUACAUUGAUAAUGUCAUCAUGACACCUUCCGACCGCCCCACUUCGUUCAGAAUUGGCGAGGCAUUGGGUAAGAAAGGACAUAUCCCGCUGACCAGUCUUGCACAGAAUAUUGGGAUAUUGUGGAUACUUUCUACAGCGGUAUAUCCGCCGGCAGCCGGCUUCAUCACAUUUCUGGUUCUGGCUUUGAUCCUGGACUAUUUCUUUCUUUUAACUUUCUUCACAGCUGUUCUGAGCAUUGAUGUACGAAGAACCGAACUUAGUGAUUCUUUGAACCGGAUUUCUGUACAGAACGAUCAUUUUCCACCAAACAGGCAGCCAAAAAAGACUUGGUGGGAUACUAUCCUAAAUGGCGAAGCUCCAGCAUCAACCCGACUAGCAGGGACAGUUGUUAUGGUAGGAACAGUAUUCAUUCUGGAUUCGCAUUUCGUCGAUGGCUCUCUGUAUGAGACUACGAAGCAAGUGUUGCGAUCAAUGAUAUCUCAUAGUCAAAGGUGCGUCUCUUUCACUACAAUCGAGCUCUUGAUGUCUUGACUUGCUCUUUGGUCACGGCAUACGUUCCCGAUUAUUCCGAGCAGCAGUCACUACAAUCUAUUCUUCGUUUGAGCAGAGAAGAACUUAACUAAUCAGGAUGUAUCUAGCCCGCCACCUAGCAGUGUAUCACUUCUGUCAGUUGAUAUUCAUCAAGCGAGAACUCCUACGGCAUGGUUGCGUAUGCAAGACCAUGAAACAGCCCAUGAAGUUAUCAAAGUCAUCAAACCCCACGCGAGUCGAUACAUUGCCCGCGUCUAUGACCCAAUUGUGUUUGUUAUGAAUGGCUCUGAUAGAACACCUAACCGAUCAGGUGUUCGACCCUUUCUUCCCGCCGCAUACGACUUUGCGAAAAACCAGUUUGGAACCCUAUUUGCGUUUGUUCUUGUGCUCUGUGCUGCAGUCGCGCUUCUGAUGCAUUACCUCCUUUGGGACGAAUCGCCCGAGGUUAACUAUGAGGAUAGGCCAGACGAUGAUCCUCUUAUUUCUGUGAAAACUCUAAGUCAUGGGCAUUCUCUUGAUAUCGCGCUUAUCAAAACAUCCAACGACGGCAUAAUUGUGACUGUCGGACUGGAUCGUCGCAUUAGAGUGUGGGAUAUACGAAAUAAAGAUUUUAGUUUUGUCUACCACCACAGCUCCAAGAAUCCUUUCCCAGUCCUAGCCUUGGCAAUCGAUAGACACUCCAAAUGGAUGGCGAUUCUGUCUGCUAAAAACCAGGUACUUUUAUGGAACAUACCUGAAAAGAGAUGGGGUCCUGAGAUGUCAGUUGAUGUUAAAGGGCGAACUCCAGCAUCAUUUGGCUUUGGUCACAGCAAAACAGGGGUAAUCGACCUCGUGCUUAUUAUUAGGCAUAACGGCAUGAUGACUGAAUUGAACAUGGAGGCCAACGAGAGCAAAGAUCUCCGAGUCUGUCAUAGCCCGCUUGUUUGUGUGCGACCGCACUUUGAGAAACCUACACCUCAAUACCCAAAUCCCCCACUUCGUAUUAUAACUUCGUCAAAGAAGGGCUGUGUUCAUGUGGCAUCGCUCCUUGAGACUGGGUGGACCUCAGAAGGGCUUGACAUACGGGAGAUAAGGGACGAUAGGGAAAUCCGUUCUGUUCUUCCGCUUCCUGUGUUAAGUUCUUUUCUCGCUGUCAGAGAUCACACGAUUGACCUCAUCGACAUCUUCACUCACCGUGUUACGCAUACAUUUGAAACGAAGCAGAUGAAACCCGAAUCCCUCCGUUGCUUUCACUCGACUCGAAGAAGACCUCAAUGUGGAUCUGUCGGUCUGGCAUCCUUGGCUCUAGCUUAUACCGAUGCCGAAACUGGAUCGUGCAUCUUGCAAUCAUACCUUCCACAGCGCGAGGGUGAUACUAUCUGCUUUCGCGAUCCAUGGACUCCUGGCAGCAAGACCUGUUGCCUUUGGCGGGAAACGGUUGAAAACCGAUUUCUCAUUGAGAAUCCAGGAGAAUGGCGAACACUGCCAAUUGGAUAUGUUGUUGGCGUUCGCAAGCGAGAGUCUGCUGCGGAGACUAAGAAGACCACUGGUAUCGAUUUAGCGUUGACUUCUAGCCCUAGACUUCGUCGUCGAGGAGCUCCUCGAGGGAUCUUUUCUAACAAAGAGCCAGAUGUAGAGGAUGAUGUGUGGGAGGCAUGGAGUAUCAGUGCUAAAGGUGAUCGGUCAACCACACCGCUUUCAGACGGACUACACGGUUUUGAGCAUCUGCUUGUCAGUGGACUCGGCCCCAUGGAGAUAGUCGGAAGGAAGACUAUAGCUGUCGCGCUCGGGAACGUGGUGAAGGUUGUCACAGUGGGUCAUGAUAGGUUUGAUGAUUUCGAGGAUGACGAUGAUGCUACAUUCGUGGGAAUGCCGGCUACUUCCCGGAAGAAAAAACACGGUACGCCACAACGAAAACGAACCUAUUCAGCAACAAGCAACAAAUACAUAAUUGAGUGA